UACUCUGUACCCUCUACUCUAUUAUCCUCGCAUUAAUAUUCAUUUAAGUGGUUCAUAAUCUCUUAACCCUUUAUGUGAUUCUCAUUUUUCUAGUACCUUCGUAAUAUCCUCAUGGGUUCCACAAAGUUUUUAUCUUUUUCCUUCUCCCACUUAGUAUAUCUAUAUGUCUUGUUCUUCAUCAACAUUUGCAUUGUAACAUACCCUUUACUCAUUUGAGCAAUUUCAUGGCGAAAAAUUCUCUUGAUUAUAGUCCUUUACUUUCUAAACAAGGUGAUGAAACUGAUUAUGGUUAUGUCAGAAAGAUAUCACCUUUUGUUGUGUCAGUUACCAAAUGGACUCUCAGGACUUUGAUUUUCAUAAUCUUUGUUUCAUGGGCUGCUUUCAUUUUUCUGUCACCUUCCGAACGUGUUUAUGAGUUGUUCACAGAAUGGCUUAUUUUCAGCCGUGGAACUUCCUUUGGAAUCACAGGAAGCAUUUUAAUGAGCCACAGUGCUCCAGUUCUUGCAAUUGCAUUUCUUGCCAUUGCACACCUAAUUGUUUCUGGGGAGGAUCAGCUUCCUGAGAAGAAGAGUUCCAAGUAUCCAAGAUUUCGCCUAUGGACUUUUCCUCUGCUUAUCAAUGGACCAUUUGGGGUGGUUUCUGCUACAGAGUUCAUUGGGAUUGUCAUUUUUGUAGCAUAUGUUAUUUGGGCUUUCUCUGCUUAUGCUAUGCAGGCUCUUGCAGAUAUGUCUGAUCAGUUAUCUUUUAGAGCCCAAAGCUUGCACAUGUUGAAUGUUAUGGGACUUCGUUUGGGUGCAAUUGGAUUAGCAUGCUUGGCGUUUUUAUUUCUCCCGAUUUCAAGGGGAUCGGUUCUUCUCCGAUUUAUUGAUAUCCCUUUUGAACAUGCUACAAAAUAUCAUGUAUGGCUAGGACACCUCACAAUGGUGCUUUUUACUCUCCAUGGACUCUUCUAUGCUAUUAUGUGGCUAAUGGAAGGUCAACUAAUUCAAGAAUUAGUAGAAUGGAAAGAUAUCGGUGUUGCCAAUCUUGCAGGAGUUAUCAGCCUUGUAGCUGGUUUGUUGAUGUGGGUGACCUCGCUUCCUGGAGUGCGAAAGUGGAAUUUCGAGUUGUUUUUCUACACUCACCAAUUAUACAUAGUCUUUAUCGUCUUUAUGGCUUUUCAUAUUGGCGACUUUAUUUUCGCUAUGGCCGCCGGACCGAUAUUUAUUUUUGUGCUCGACCGCUUCCUGAGGUUCUGCCAAUCAAGAAGGACAGUUAAUGUUAUCUCAUCGAGGUGCCUUCCGUGCGGUACUGUGGAAAUGGUUCUAUCAAAACCUCAAAAUUUGAGAUACAAUGCACUAAGCUUCAUUUUCCUUCAAGUUCGGGAAUUAUCGUGGCUGCAGUGGCAUCCGUUCAGUGUUUCUUCUAGCCCUUUGGAUGGAAAUAAUCACAUUGCUGUUCUCAUAAAGGUUCUAGGCAAAUGGACCGGGAGAUUAAGAGAAAGAAUCACUGAUGUUGAUGCACCAGACGAUUUAUCCGUUAAGCCUAAUACCGUGGUAACAGCUUCCGUUGAGGGGCCGUAUGGACAUGAAGUACCAUACCACUUGCUGUACGAAAAUCUUAUAUUAGUGGCAGGUGGUAUUGGACUUUCGCCUUUCCUUGCUAUAUUGAGCGAUAUUCUCCACCGAGUGAGGGAGGGGAAACCUUGUAGACCAAGAAAUGUUUUAAUUGUUUGGGCAGUGAAGAAUUCAAACGAGCUUCCACUUCUUUCGACAGUUGACAUGGAAACAAUCUGUCCACGCUUUUCUGAUAAAGUGAAUAUCAAUAUACAUAUUUUCGUCACUCGAGAAUCAGAUCCUCCAUUGGAAGAGGGAUACGCUUUCAAACCGAUAAAAUCUUCACUCUGUCCCUUUCCAAUGCCUAGUGAUUACGGAAUGUCUGGUUUGGUUGGUACAGGAAACAAUGUUUGGUCAGGACUAUAUGUCAUUUCAUCUACCUUGGGCUUUGUGAUCUUAUUUGCUUUGUUGAAUAUUUACUAUAUAAAUCCAUUUGGCGUGUAUAAAUGGUGGUACAAAGGGUUACUAUUUGUAGUCUGCAUGAUUGCAAGUGUCGUUAUCUUUGGUGGCAUAGUGGUUGGAUUUUGGCAUAUAUGGGAAAAGCAAAGUUCUCUCAAAGAUAAUUCCAAUAACAUCAAGGUUGAUAAAAUCGAGCAAAACGGCUCCGCAGCUUCCAAGGAUCCAAGUCCAGACAAUCUUGCAAAGUUAACCGACGUUCGAUAUGGUUCUAGGCCAGACUUUAAAGAGAUUUUUGAAUUGAUGUCAGAGAAAUGGGGCCAUGCUGAUGUUGGUGUUAUAGUUUGUGGUCCUCUAACUCUUCAAGCAAGUGUUGCACAAGAAAUCAGGUCACAUAGUUUGACAAGACAAACUUAUCAUCCCAUCUUCCAUUUCCACAGUCAUAGCUUUGAUCUUUAGCUUCCUCUCUAUGAUUGAAAGAUGGAAGAUGUGCCUUCAAUAAUGGAAAAACAUGCAUAUAUAUUGUAUAUAUAUAGAUAUAGCAGAUUCUCUGGUUGAGACUAGUCAUGGCGUAGUUAGUGAAUACUUUGCACCUUUAAUAUGGCAAAGGAAACAUAUUAGUGCCAAAUUGCAAUUCAAUUAUGCAGUCCAUUGCAAGAUAAGGUAUUAAUGAUAACCUUUAAAAGGAGUUCUAUGUGGGAUGAUACUGAUUACUCCUAAUGUGAAUAUAUUAUCAGUAGAUAUAUACUAUGUGCAAUUUCAAUUGUACUAUAUAACCUUUAUUUAUUAGUUUAUAUGAUGUAGUUACUCAUGUAUUUGUUAUCCACAAGUCUCCUUGAAUCUUCUA